CGCCUCCCCUCCCUUUUGCCCUACCACCCGCCCUCUGCCCCCUCCAUCUGUGUCCCCUCCAGCCCUUGGUCGUCGGAUCUCCCCCUUGCGCCUGAGCCAUCCACCGAAAGCACGCGUGAUCCCAUGUCCGGCGACGGCAAGCAGUUCGACGCCGGCGAUGUGCGGGCCAUCCAUGCGACCAAGUUCAUUCAGGCCCGCGCGACCGAGUCCGCCUGGUUCAUCAAUCGCCUGAAUGCCCGUGCCAACACCAUGCGCACCUUUCAAUCGGUCCCUCGGCAUAUGCGCCGGCGGAUGGCUUCCUACAAUCCAAACCGACUGCCGCGGCGUCUGCGCAUGGCGGCCGCGCUGGAGAAUGAGCGCCAUUUGAAAUCCGGCAGCGCGCCGCCCCAGCACGGAGUCGGCAUGGCCAGCCGGCGCAAGCGCCGGCGUCCCACGCGUCUCGUAUCCACGGAGUUUGCCCGACGCCAAGCGCGCACUGGACGCCAAUGGCUUGAGACACAUGUGUGGCAUGCCAAACGCUUCCACCUGCAUGAUGCUUGGGGAUGGCGCCUGCCGUUGCGGGCCACCGACAAGGGCCUGCGCUUUGUGUGGCGGUCCUUCCGCUCGGCGGCCCUGAUUCACGAUGCCUCGUAUCAGGCCCAGGUGGAGGUGCUGGCGCGACCGGGCAGGACCGGUGCCGAUGUUGCACACGUGGAGGCCCUUUUGCGUCGUGCCUUCACACUGGUACAGCACCCCGCGGUGAAGGGCAACUUGGCGUCGGGUCGGGCCCUGACGAGUGGCCGCGUCACCGAGGGCCUGCUCUUUGCCCCUGGCACCGCUCCGUUUGUGCUGCUCGGCCCUGUGCGGAUCCUUUGGCGCCCAGCAGACGAUGCGGAGCCCGGUCGGCGUGCAUGGCUCUGGUGCCACCCCUCCAUCGGGACUGCCGUGGCUCAGGCUCUCACUCGGGCCGGGCAGCAGGCGCUGGCUGAAGCCGAGUUUUCCGGCCUGGCUUUCAGUGCUCGGUUGCUGGCCGAUCCGACUGUGAUUGACUUGGCCCCCGAUGCGUCUGCUGACAACUCGGAGAGUUUGUCACCCAAUCACGAACGGACUGGUCUCCUGCGGGUGUAUGGCCCACGCGGGCAUGCUGCCCUGGCCCAGGUGUUGCGCGUGUGCGAGGAAGCCACGUCGGCCCCGGCGGCCGCGCUCUGGCGGCAGCUUGCCCAGUUGCCUUCGGUCAGGGGCCUGGUUCCGCCGGGGCUGGUCAUUGCUUUGGGUAUUCGUGAUCCGCGAUUGGAGGCAACUGCCAGCCUGCGUCAGGGACGGCGCUCGGACCCAAUCGCCGAUUCGGUUGUCUCCUUGCAGAAUGCCACGGCAUUGCAGGCUGCUCUGUCCACCCCUUCGGCCGAAUUGGCCCGAUCAAAUCUGUGGGAUGAGGGCACGCGGGUUCGCCUCUCGAGUGGCCGGCUGCCGGAGCGCACGGUGCAGCAGAUGCGCGGCGGGUGUUUCGGCUCUGCCGUGCCCGCCGGGCACCCGGACGAGCCGUCGCCAAUCCCCGUGUUCCUCGUGUCUCGAGUGGUCGGAAGUGGAUCAACCGGCUCUGCCCCUUGUGUUCCGGGUGCCGGGACCGGGGUGGCUGAUGAUGGCUGGGAUGUGAUCUUCCCGUGGGGGUAUGCUCGAGAUCUUCUUCGGGCGCUGGUUUUCGCCGGGGCCCGAGCCAUUGGUACCCUCGAUCUGGAGAGCCACUUCUUUGAGGAGGGCUACGCCAGCUUCCCGCGCGACGAUGUGGACGCCCUGAGUUUCGAUUCCUUUGAUGACUUCCAUGCGGAGGUGGCGCACGAUCGCUAUACCCUGCGUCCUGCUGCCAAGCGCCCGGCAUUCGCCAACCUGGGCCUUCGAUCCCAGGAGGUGGUCUACCCGCGCGACUUGGCUGGAUUGCUCACAGGCCAGCAGGCGUGUCUUGGCUCUGAGCCGGAGGAUGCCGAGGGGCCCCAAGCGUGGCCUUUUGCCUUGCCGGUGUGCCGAAUGGCCGGCGACCGGCUGGGGCUUUUCCUCCUGCGCUCGGCCGCCGAGCGUCAGGCCGUCAGUCGAGCGGUCAAGCGCGUCAGGUCCGAAAGUGCCAUGGUCUCGAAUCAGGCAACUCGCUUGGGCACGUCACUCGCCAUCCUGCCUGGGGUUCUGCAGGAGGAGGUGGCCCGGGCAGUUGGUCGACCUGGGCUCCAUGGUAGUCCGAUGAUUUCUUGCUGGUUCACCAUGCACUCUCGCGGGUCGCCCGAGCGUGGGGCCGAGAUUUUGCUUUUGCCCGCCCCUCUGCGUGAUGCCCUGAAUGCCAUGGGUGCAGUGGCUGGGGCACCCGUUGAGCGUCGCCACUUGCGUGUGGCCGUGCGCCUGCUGCCGGCUCCCUUCGCCGAUGGCGGGAACAAUCCGGACUUGCCAUGCCGCUUGCCGGUCCUCGGCUAUGCCACCACGGCCGGCUACUCCUACUCAGCCGGCCGCGGGCGAGGAGUGGCUUUGGUAUCAGCCUUGGCGGCUGCAUCGGCUGUCUGCCUCUCGGAGCAGUCUGGCGCCGGGCCGCUGGCUGUGGAUGUGCUCCUGCGUCUGCCCUCUUCGCAGUACUACCACCGCGCUACGCUGCAUCUGGAUGCGCUUUCGGCCCCGGCCCCGGCGCAUUGAGUUCCUUGCUCCGGAUCAAUGGCUACGGCCUCCUCUUUUUGUUUGAUCUCUCUCUCUCUCUCUCCCCUUCGAGUCGACGGCACCCUCCGCAUGAUGCGCAUGCCGAUCAGCGGACGGGCCGGUUAUGGCUCCAUCCAGCACCAAUAGAAUCAUGUCCAUGA